AUGACGCGCAUGAUAGCAUUAGACAACAUAUUGGUCAACAAACCAGGGAUAUCGCUUCUCACCGGCAACAUAUUUGGUGGCCACGUGUGGUUCAGAAUAGCGGGCCCCCAAAUGGUUGUCGACAUGCUCAAAAGCAUGGCCUUCGAUGUGAUGACCUUGGGAAUUCAAGAAUUCCACAACGGUCCUCGCGGCCUGGUACCCUUGUUCAGCGACGCAGAUUUAACGACAAAAAUAGUUCUCUGCAACGUCGACUUCAGCCGUGAUCACGUACUCUCCAAGCUACCGAACCUACCGACCCGCUCUACCAUACUGACCGUGGACAACCUCAAAGUUGGCAUCGUGGGCUACGUAUCCAAUCUAGUGCGUGUUAUGGGCCAGCCAGGCGUCACCAUCGUUAUCAAUGAUCCGAUGGAGAGCCUCCGGAACGAGUCGAAAAGAUUACGAGGAGAGGGCUGCCACGUCGUGUUUGCUAUUGGUGGUGGCGACUCCAACGAAGACCGAACUCUGGCCGACAGCCUGACCGACAUCACGGCAUUCGUGGUGAAGUACCAGGGCCGAUUCGCGUACCCUUCUACGGCGACCGAAAAGCACGGUCUGAAUUUCGGCCAAGACCUGGAUUAUCCGAUAAACUUCACGCGGUCGACGGACGGCAAAAUGGCGUACAUAUUCGCCUCUACGAACCACUUCCAACUGCUCAGCAAGUUCCAGAUGACCAUGCAGGUGCGCAGCAUGAGCAUCGUCAGUGCCAUAGGCACCCCCAUCAUUCUCGACCUCCAGGCUCCCGAAGACAGAAAGACCCGGGAGCUAAUGGACCGGUACACGAAGAUUAUUGAGCCGAAAGCCAGGGAGGUGAUCGGGACGACAAAGGUGUAUAUCGAUAACCGCAAGGAGGUGUGCCAGACGGGCGAGUGUAACGGUGGGAACCUUCUCGCCGACGCGGCAUUCGACUACUUCUCCGAGGUGGCCGUUGCCGGCGAGUUGCGGCUUGAAGAUGUGUUCCAAAUGUACCCAUACAACGACCAAUACAUGUUCGUCACUAUGCGUGGGACCACGCUUCAAAAUAUGAUGGAGUACUCCGGAAGGCGUGCUCCACCGUACUCGAAGUUCCUACAACUCUCUGGGAUACGUGUGAAGUACAAAGCCAACCCUGGCGUAAACGAGAGCACCGUGUCAAGCCUGUUGAUCCUGUGCACAUCCUGCCGAACGCCCACCUACGAGCGCGUCAUUGGGAUCCAGUGGUACACGCUGGCCAUGUCCAGGUACCUCGCCAACGGAGGGGACGGCUACGACUUCACGCGUGUUCCACGGGGCUACAAAGUUUCAAGCAGUUGA